GGAUAUAUGUCCCGUCAAAUGACAGAUCCAGUGACGUUAUUUGAGAUAUCUUAAAUUACAUUUUGACUAUUCAAAAUUCAAGAAAUAAUAAUUUCUUGAAUUAUUAUUCUUACUAGUAAGAAUGUAAAUGCAGAUAUCUGAAAUUACAAUUCCGGAUAGUCAAGAUGUAGUUUUGUCUGGUCAAAGUGCAUUUUUAAAUAUCUGGAAUGUAAUUACGGAUCGUCAGACGAAACCGAAUUUAUGUUAAAACGGCUUGCUAAGUCGUGCAGAUGACGCCUAAAGACACACUGGUAAAGGUAAAACGUUGAUCCUGUUUCAAACGGCUCCAUUUCUGUAGAGACGCUGCAGGGGCAACAAGUUAUGAAAGGAAGAUUAUUGGAGCAAAGCAGAGGAACAGCUGGCUUCAGGUUGAGGUCAGGAUGAGGAACAUCUCUCCCAGUGUUCUGGUCUCACUCUUUCUGAUCACACUCCUCUGCUGUGGACAAACUCAGGGUGCAGCGCUGACUAUUGAGCCCAACUGGUCGACUUUUUAUCAUGGAGAGUUUGUUACAUUUAUCUGUGACAUGAAUGAAGGAAAAGACACUGACUGGGAAUACCAGUUAAUGAAGAACAAUGAAGAAUUGUUCUCUUUUCAGUCAGAUAAAAUAUUCAAACAUCUGUCUACUGGUCAUAGUGCUGAGUAUCAGUGCUGUGGUCGCAGGAGGAGGUCAGAUGAAACAAAAUGCAGUAGAAGUCUCAGUGUUGAUGUCUUCGCGAUACCCACACCCAAACUGACAGUAGGUCCAACAACCAUACCAGUAGGGGGCAGUGUGGCACUGAGCUGCUCAGUGGAGCGCCCUGAUGAAUGGAAAUACAAAUGGUGGAGACAGAACAGAGGCACUUCAGUUGACAACCCACGAAAUACAGAAGAAAACAGAGAUAUCACUGUGACACAAGGAGGAAUCUACUUCUGUUUUGGAUAUAGAUUACCUUUCCCAUUCUUCACCAGACAAAGCAAUGUGGUCACCAUAAAUAUAAGUUUUUCCAACAAGGUUUUUGUGACUCGACAACCAAACUGGCCUCAGAUCUUCAGUGGUGAGACGAUCACUCUGUCAUGUGAGGUCCAGGGAGGAGAAACCACUGAGUGGACGUGUAAAUGGAAGAGAGAUGAGUCAAUAAUACACAGAACAAACGGUAACAACUGGACUUUCAUUGUCUUUGAGUCCAGCAGUGGAGUCUACAUGUGUCAGUGUAAAAGAAGAGAUGACUGGUUUUCUUCAACACAGUGGAGUGAAGCCAUCAGUCUGUCUGUAUCAAAUAAACCCAGAGCCAAACUCACAGCAGGUUCAACAACUAUACUAGAAGGGGGCAGUGUGACACUGAGCUGCUCAGUGGAGCCCUCUGCUGGAUGGAAAUACAGAUGGUUCAGACGAACCAAAAACACAGCUGAAGAUCAACUCACUAAUAAAGAAAACRGUGAUAUCACUGUGAGACAAGAAGGAAUCUACAGGUGUGAAGGAGAGAGAGGAAAUCCCUCAUUCUACAGUCAUUCAAGCCAUGAUGUCACCAUAGAGAUAAUGUUGUCCAACAAGUGUUUUGUAACUCAACGUCCAAACUGGCCUCAGUUGUUCAGCGGUGAGACGAUCAGUUUGACAUGUGAGGUCCAUGGAAGAGAAACAACUGAGUGGACGUGUGAAUGGAAGAGAGAUGGGUCAAUAAUACACAGGACAAACAGUAAAGACUGGACUUUCACCGUCUCUGAGUCCAUCAGUGGAGACUACAUGUGUCAGUGUAAAAGAGGAGAUGACUCGUUUUCUUCAAUAAAGUGGAGUGAAGCCAUCAGUCUGUCUGUAUCAGUCGCUGUGUCCAGUUCUUCACAUCCUUUUUUGCUGAUCGUUGGUGGACCAGUUGUUGGGUUUAUUCUCCUUUUUCUCCUCUUUUUGUUGUACUUCUGCAAACAUUACAAGGAUUUAUUCUGCUCCAGAUGUAAGGUCUCAGAUAGCAGCAGAAAUGAUGGAGUCAUCCAGACUGGCGGUCAUGAAGACGGCUCUCGUCCUCAGGGUUUGUGCUGCAUCAGGUUAUUUCAGUCUGAAAGCAGCAGCCAGAGGCCGACCACUGAUCAUGACGUGAACCAGACUGAAAGAGAUUACAGCUCUCUGCUGCAUGUCUGCUGUGGACAAACUCAGGGUGCAGCGCUGACUAUUGAGCCCAACUGGUCGACUUUUUAUCAUGGAGAUUCUGUUACAUUUACCUGUGACAUGAAUGAAGGAAAAGACACUGACUGGUAUUACAAGUUAAUUAAGAACAAUGAAGAAUUGUUCUCCUUUCAGUCAGAUAAAAGCUUCAGAGUUCAAGGUCUGGAUACUGGUUACAGUGGUGAAUUUCAGUGCUGUGGUCUCAGGCCGGGCAGCUCAUCUCACCCACGGUGCAGUAAAACUGUCACUGUUAUUGUCUCAGCAGAUAAACCCAGAGCCAAACUGACAGCAGAUUCAACAACUAUACCAGUAGGGGGCAGUGUGACACUGAGCUGCUCAGUGGAGCCCUCUGCUGGAUGGAAAUACAGAUGGUACAGAGAGACUUCGGGCUCUUUUGUUGAAUUCAGCACAAUUAAAGAAGAAAACAGAUAUAUCACUGUGAGACAAGGAGGAAUCUACAGGUGUUAUGGAGUGAGAAGAAAUUCAUUAUUCUACACUGAACGAAGUGAUGACGUCACUAUCCAGAUAAGCUUUUCCAACAAGGUUGUUGUGACUCAACAACCAAACUGGCCUCAGAUCUUCAGUGGUGAGACGAUCACUCUGACAUGUGAGGUCCAGGGAGGAGAAACCACUGAGUGGACGUGUGAAUGGAAGAGAGAUGGGUCAAUGAUACCAGGAACACACAGUAAAGACUUGAUGUUCAUUGUCUCUGAGUCCAGCAGUGGAGACUACAUGUGUCAGUGUAGAAGAAGAGAUGAUUCGUUUUCUUCAACAAAGUGGAGUGAAGCCAUCAGUCUGUCUGUAUCAGAUAAACCCAGAGCCAAACUGACAGCAGGUUCAACAACUAUACCAGUAGGGGGCAGUGUGACACUGAGCUGCUCUGUGGAGCCCUCUGCUGGAUGGAAAUACAGAUGGUUCAGACGGACGUCAGACACUUCAGUUGAAUUCAGCAAAAAUUUUAAAGAAAACAGUGAUAUCACUGUGACACAAGGAGGAAUCUACAGGUGUGAAGGAGAGAGAGGAAAUCCUGCAUUCUACAGCCAACCAAGCCAUGAUGUCACCAUAGAGAUAAUGUUUUCCAACCAGGUUGUUGUGACUCGACAACCAAACAGUUCUCAGAUGUUCAGUGGUGAGACGAUCACUCUGACAUGUGAGGUCCAGGGAGGAGAAACCACUGAGUGGACGUGUGAAUGGAAGAGAGAUGGGUCAAUAAUACCAGGAACACACAGUAAAGACUGGACUUUCAUUGUCUCUGAGUCCAGCAGUGGAGACUACAUGUGUCAGUGUAGAAGAAGAGAUGACUGGUUUUCUUCAACACAGUGGAGUGAAGCCAUCAGUCUGUCUGUAUCAGCAAAACCCAGAGCCAAACUGACACAACGUUCAACAACCAUACCAGUAGGGGGCAGUGUGACACUGAGCUGCUCAGUGGAGCCCUCUGCUGGAUGGAAAUACAGAUGGUUCAGACGGACCUCAGGCUCUUUUGUUGAAUUCAGCACAAAUAAAGAAGAAAACAGAGAUAUCGAUGUGAGACAAGGAGGAAUCUACAUGUGUAUGGGAAUGAGAGAAAAAACAUAUUUCUACAGUGAUUCAAGUGACGAGGUCACUAUCAAGAUAAACUUUUCCAACAAGGUCUUUGUGACACGACAACCAAAUCGGCCUCAGAUCUUCAGUGGUGAGUCGAUCACUCUGUCAUGUGAGGUCCAGGGAGGAGAAACCACUGAGUGGACGUGUGAAUGGAAGAGAGAUGGGUCAGUUAUACACAGGACAUACAGUAAAGACUGGACUUUCAUUGUCUCUGAGUCCAGCAGUGCAGACUACAUGUGUCAGUGUGAACCCAGAGAUGACUGGUUUUCUUCAACACAGUGGAGUGAAGCCAUCAGUCUGUCUGUAUCAAGUAAACCAAAGGCCCAGUUGAAUAGUAAUAGCAGAGAGAUACCAGCAGGAGGCAGUGUGACACUGACCUGUACAGUGGACGCAUCAUCAUCUGGUUGGAAAUAUUUCUGGUACAAAGAACGAGACUCCUCUGAACUUCUCACCGGAGGAGAAGCUGAUUUCCCUUCAAAUGGACAAAUGAGCGUCUCAGAGGAAGGACUGUACUGGUGCAGAGGAGGAAGAGGAGAACCAGUUUACUACACAGACUACAGUGUUAGAAUCAGCAUCACUAAGAAUGUAACUGUGUCCAGUUCUGCAAGCUCUUCAUUUCCUGUGAUGUUUAUUAUUGGACCAGUUGUUGGAAUCGUUCUCAUCAUUCUCCUGCUCUUGUUGUGGCGCUACAGACUGUCAAAGGAUUUGUCCUGUCUCAGCAUUUUUAGGUCGUUCCAGUCUGACAGCAGCAGCCAGAUGCCGGCCACCAAUCAUGGAGCAAACGAGUCUGAAAGUCACUACCGCUCUCUGCUGCAUGGCACCACUUCUAUCUAUCACAUUAUCCGUCCGGGUGAAGCCGCUGGAAAUGAUGUUGUUGUGAAAUAUGCAAAGAGAAGAGAGAGACCUCGUCCAGAGGAAAGUUGUGUUUAUGUCAAUGUGAUGCCAAAAAUUAACAGCUCAGCCUGAAGGUCAUAUGACAAAUCAUUCCUGCUACAUUCAUUCCUGCCAUAUUUAGAAGUUCUUCUUACAUUUCUGAUUUUUGUUAUGAAUUUACUACCGUAUCCAACCUGUCUUCAUUCUCUAACAAAAUUUACUGACAGUAAUCACAUUGCUGCGUUUAAAAAAAGAAUCAUGUGACCUGCCUUGUAGGCUGCAUGCUCUGCUGGUUUAUUCUGCACUGUAAUCUAAUCUAAUAACUCAAAUAUUUGUAUUUUAAAUUGCAAUGAUUAUUUUAUUUCGGCAGCUUUAAGAUUCUUGAGUUGAUUAAAUCCAGUUAUAUCUCUGCAACAGUCACUUGUUAUCAAGAUUCACAAAAUGAA